AUGCACGUCAAUGUUGAGGAAGGCCACGAGUUUAUUGUCACCACAGACGAGAAAUACGCGGACAAGUGCUCUGCAGAGCACCUGUACAUUGACUAUAAGAAACUGCCACAGAUGGUCAAGCCCGAUCGCAUCAUCUACAUCGACGAUGGUAUUCUUGCUCUACGUGUGCUCUCCAUCGAAGGUACCGACGUGCACGUUGUGUCGAUAAACAACGGCACGCUGUCCUCGCGCAAGGGCGUGAAUCUGCCGCUGACCGAAGUUGACCUGCCCGCCGUCUCAGACAAGGACAGGCGCGAUCUAGAGUUUGCUCGCGAGCACCAGCUUGAUAUGGUAUUUGCCUCUUUCAUCCGCAGCAAGAACGACAUUAUCACUAUUCGCGAGAUUCUCGGCGAGAAAGGCGCGCAUAUCCGUAUCAUUGCCAAGAUCGAAAAUCAUCAAGGCCUGCAAAACUUUGACGAAAUUCUCGACGCCGCGGAUGGGAUUAUGGUUGCCCGUGGCGAUUUGGGCAUCGAGAUCCCCGCCCCACAGGUGUUCUUGGCGCAGAAGAUGAUUAUCUCGCGGUGCAAUAUUGUCGGCAAGCCAGUCAUUUGUGCUACGCAGAUGCUGGAGAGCAUGACGGUGAACAACCGUCCGACGCGUGCCGAAGUAUCCGAUGUCGCAAACGCUGUUGUAGAUGGAGCAGAUUGUGUCAUGCUUUCCGGCGAGACGGCCAAGGGCAUGUACCCGACCGAGGCGGUCAAAAUGAUGGCGGAAACCACAUACAUUGCCGAGCAGACACUUGCUUACCAAGCUUUGUUCAAUGAGAUGCGUGCACUGACGCGAGUGCCGACCAACACGAACGAGACGAUAGCGCUUGUCGCUGUAUCGGCCAGUCUGGAGCAGAAGGCUGGUGCGAUUCUGCUCAUGUCGACAUCUGGAAACACGGCGCGUCUUGUGAGCAAGUACAAGCCGCAAUGCCCAAUCCUGAUGGUAACGCGAAAUGCGUAUACGGCGCGCAGCUGCCACUUGUACCGCGGCACCUAUCCAUUUCACUACCCGCUGCCCCACCCGGACCACAAUUCCAAAUGGCAGGAAGACGUGGACAACCGCGUCAAGUUUGGCCUCUCCGAAGCACUUAAGCUCCACAUUAUCCGCAAGGACGAUGUGGUGAUUGCAAUCCAGGGAUGGCGCGGCGGUAAGGGCCACACCAAUUCGCUCCGUAUUUUGACCGUGCCGUCGUCCACGGAAGGAUACAUGUUGGAGGAUACUACUGCGACUGUCUAG